AUGGCGGCUCGAUCGGCUCUGGAGGAGACCGAAUUGGCCGAGAUCCAUCGAUUUGCGGUGCAGCUGGCCAAAGACGCGGGUCAAAUGCUACUUGCUGCCGUCGAGCUGCGCGCCGGGAAGACUGUUCGAGAAGGCCAUGUCGAGAAGGAAUCCGCCGUCGAUCUCGUAACACAAACGGACGAAGAUGUCGAGGCCUUCAUUCGCUCAAGCAUUCAGGCAAAGUAUCCUUCUCACGCAUUCUGUGGCGAAGAGUCGUACAGUAAAGGGGGAUCAAAAAUGUACCUAAUCCCACCAACAGGGCCGGCCUGGUGUGUCGAUCCACUAGACGGUACCGUAAACUUUAUCCACUUGUGCCCCUUCUACUGUGUUUCCAUUGCAUUCACAUGGAAUGGAGAACCAAUGAUCGGAGCCAUCAAUGCGCCAUUCCUCCGGCAACUUUUUACUGCAUGCCGUGGGCAAGGUGCAUGGCUGAAUGAAACUAUCUCGUUGCCUCUUGACCGGUCGCCAAUACCGCCGUUACCGGAGAGUGCACCUAAAGGUUGCAUCUUCUCCUGCGAAUGGGGUAAGGACAGACGAGACGUGCCUAAUGGCAACCUUCACCGGAAAGUGAACAGUUUUAUGAACAUGGCAGCUGAAUUGGGAGGUCGAGACGGUAAGGGCGGCCACGUGCAUGGUGUGCGCAGUCUCGGCAGCGCCACGCUUGAUCUUGCAUACUGUGCGAUGGGCAGUUUCGACAUCUGGUGGGAGGGAGGAUGCUGGGAAUGGGACGUUGCAGCCGGCAUUUGCCUUUUGAAGGAAGCAGGAGGCUUGGUGACAUCUGCUAACCCUCCAAACGACCCAAGCACUGCUCCUGUAUUAGACGCACAUCUCGGCAGUCGACUGUAUCUUGCUCUCCGUCCAGCUGGAGACUCGGCAACUGAGACCGGACGGCAGACGCAGGAACGUACCGUCAGAGAGGUCUGGCGAAGGGUCCAACAACUGGACUACAACAGACCCGGCGUACAGUAA